AGGCUAUUGGCCCAUUAUUGUUGAUUAUUAAGAGAGCUCUCUCGCGUUCAGAGAGGCGAGUUCCGUGUUUGUUUUCUCUUUGUUGGCUCCUCCUCCUCGUGAUCUCAGGCGAAAAUGGCGUCGUUUGAUGAAGCACCCCCAGGAAACUCAAAGGCCGGAGAGAAGAUCUUCAGGACCAAGUGUGCUCAGUGUCACACCGUUGACAAAGGCGCAGGUCACAAACAAGGUCCGAACCUAAACGGGCUGUUUGGAAGGCAGUCUGGAACAACAGCUGGUUACUCUUACUCUGCUGCUAACAAGAACAAAGCUGUGGAAUGGGAAGAGAAGACCUUGUACGAUUACUUGCUCAACCCCAAGAAGUACAUUCCUGGAACGAAGAUGGUCUUCCCUGGGCUCAAGAAGCCUCAAGACCGUGCUGAUCUCAUCGCCUACUUGAAGGAAUCUACUGCUUAGUGAACCAAUCAAUGGUGUGGGUCACGAUCAUGACUUUUGAGUCUCUCAGAUCAGAUAUUCUUUUGACAAAUAAAACCUCCAAACAUUUGUUUUUCGUUUUUUAUAAUGCUCUCAUCUUCAAAUACGUUUUGGGUGAGAUUCUGUCUUUUGAGUUCCAAAUGUACUCCUGAGUCCUCUUAUGAGGCUCACUCAUAUAAAUGCAUCUAUCUAGAACUAAAAACA